UACUCAUUGCCAUGGGGGACAUUACCCUCAUCAUCGCAUUCAUCCUUCUUCUCAUUAGCCCUUUCCUUCAUAGUCAACACUUCUUUCGCUCCUUUUUAAUAUGUCUGAGCACACCUCUGCCGACAAGCCUGUUCCUAUGGUACUGAUUGUUGGUGCCGGACUCGGUGGCCUGACCCUUGCCAUGCUUCUCGAGCGCAUCAACAUCCCCUAUCAUAUCUUCGAGCGCGCCACAGAGUUAAAGCCCCUCGGUAUAUCUGCUAUGGCCCUUGCUGGAAACAUCCUGCCUAUAUUUGAGCAACUCGGCUUGUACGAAGACCUCAUGCAGAUCUCUCAUCCAUACCCAGAGAUGGACCUUUACAACGCAAAUCUCAAGAAACUGGGCUCCAUGUCUCUGAUGGGACACAAGAUUGCUACUGGAUACGAUUACAGGUUACUAUCCAGACCAAAGCUCUAUGAGCUAUUGCUCAGGCAAGUCCCGGCCGACAAGAUCAGCCUUAAGAAGAGAAUCCUUCGUACGGAGGAAAAAGAUGACAGAGUUCACAUCUAUUGCGCAGAUAACACUACGUACGAAGGUGAUGUUCUCGUCGGUGCCGACGGAGCGUACAGUGGAGUCCGGCAAAGUCUCUACAAGCGCUUAGAUGAACAGGGCAUUCUUCCCAAGAAGGAUUUGGAGAACUUUUCGAUUGCAUACUCUACAAUAGUCGGCGUUGCCGAACCUAAGGAUCUUGAAAAGUAUUCUCAGCUGAAGGAAAAGCACUCGUUUUUCUCGCAAGCCCUUGACCAAAGCAAUCGUAAUUGGUAUGUGAUCAAUGUUCCCAACAACCAAAUCUGUUGGGGUGUUGGUGUUCAGCUUACGCAGGAACAGGCUAAGGGACAACACUUUCGAAAUUCAGAAUGGGGCCCCGAAGCGAACGAAGCCAUGAUGAAAGAGUUCCAGGACCUGCCAUGUCCCUGGGGAGGCAAGAUGGGCGACAUUUUUGAUGCUACACCCAAGAAUUUGAUCUCAAAGGUGUAUCUUGAGGAAAAGAUGUUCAAGACAUGGCACUACGGACGUACAGUCUUACUCGGUGACGCCUGCCACAAGAUGCUCCCUGGAGCUGGUCAAGGGGCUAUCAAUGCCAUGCAGGAUGCAAUCAUCAUCGCCAACGGCAUCUACAACAUGAAGGACACAAGUCGUGGAAGUAUCACAGCUCUUUUCGAGGACUACUACAGACAACGGUACCAUCAUGUGGAAGAGCGGUUCAAGAACAGCGCUCUCAUGUCCAAGAUCAUGCACGGCCAGGCAUGGACGGAACGUCUUCUUCGCCACGUGGUCCUCAAUUACCUGCCGUACUGGAUGCUGAAGGAGCAAUUCGCCAAAGACUUUGAAUACCGCCCUCAAAUCGCCUGGCUACCCCUAAUCAAGAACCGUGGCACCGGAAAUGUGCUUCCACAGGAGGGCAGAAGAAAGAAAUUUGCAGCCGAGGCAGCAACAGUUUGA